UAUCCUAUUCAGGAAGUAAUCUUUCACUUUGCAGCAUCGAACUAUUAACAUUGGUACUUCAACAUAUGUUGGAAAAUAAUAAAAGGAAUCAAGAAGAAACAAUUUCCAGAAUAUGUGCAAAUUUAUCUAUUGACCAGGUUGGCCGACGCCGAUGCUUCUGGGUCUACAGGCUACAAGUGAAGACAGACAACCACCCUGUCAAGUUUUGUGUUCACAAAACUGCUACUUUUUUUUUUUCCUUAUUCUCUUAUCAUGUAUAGACUCUAAUGAUUUGUUUUAGCACCUAUCCCCAGCGAUGCCGACUAAGAAUGUAAGAUGGAUUUUCAAGGGUCAUUUCACAUUGGACAGUUGCAUCUGUUGUCUGUAAUGCUGACACUUCCUAAGCAACAAAUGUUAUUCCCGCGUUAAAUCCUAGUGUGGAAGCCCUUGGAUGCCAUAAGAUGAUUCCCUUUUAUACAUGAUCAGGAGAUUGAAUUAGUCCAGCUUCCACUAGAUUCCAUAUUGCCAAAUUGCUUACUGGUUCGGUCAGAGUUAAACGCAUACAUCCAUGGCAUUUUCCUUCACAGCUCUUUCACGUUCAAGCUAAUCAUAGUAUAAGAACAUGUGAAGUGGGUGGCUACAAAGCUAUUCCCAAUUUGGUUUAGUUCCUAAGUGCUGCAAUGGCAAGCCCCAAUUCGAUCACUAGUGUAGUCUCCCCUAAACCUCAACUGCCUACUAAAUACUCGGUGGCUGCAGAAGCAAAGGCAAGUCGUUCCCGCGAAUGGUUCCUCACUGACGAUGGUUCUCCAUCUGUUCUUCAAAAGAUAAUUGCCGAGCUGAUAGGUACAUAUAUUCUUAUAUUUGUGGGCUGUGGUGCUGCCCUGACAGACAAAGUUCAAAAACUGACAAUUGUGGGUAUAGCAAUUGCGUGGGGUGUAGUUCUGAUGGCAGCAAUUUAUGCACUUGGGCAUGUCUCUGGUGCACACUUUAAUCCUGCAGUUAGCAUUGCCUUAGCUGCUGCACGGAAAUUUUCUUGGAAAAAUGUACCUAUGUAUAUCCUGGCUCAGGUAGUGGGAGCGACACUUGCUUGUCUUACCCUUAAAGUGCUGUUCCAUGACCAAGAUGAUAUUCAAGCAACAAUGACUCAGUACAAGGACUCAACCUCUGAUCUUGAAGCUGUCAUAUGGGAAUUUAUAAUCACGUUUAAUUUAAUGUUCAGUAUUUGUGGUGUUGCUACAGAUCAUAGAGGGAGCAAAGACCUUUCUGGUGUAGCAAUUGGCGGUACGCUGCUAUUUAAUGUCUUGCUUGCUGGACCGAUCACUGGAGCUUCAAUGAACCCUGCAAGAAGCUUAGGCCCUGCAAUUGUCUCAGGUGUUUACAAGAAUCUUUGGGUCUUUAUCGUGUCCCCUAUCCUUGGAGCUUUGGCCGCAGCUUUAAUAUACAGCAUGCUUCGGGUGCCUAACCCUGAAAAACCUGAGGAGAAGAACAAAAUCGUACUUAAUUAUCUUUAUUCACCAGCUGAGCCUUAGACAGGUAUGCUUCCACAGCUUCAGAUGGUGAAGUAUUUUAGGACCAUGGAAAAUCACUUUGCUCAUGCCUGAAGCACAAGAAAUUAUUCCUAACUGCAUCUAUGCUCAAAAAGUUUAGGAGGAUUGAAGAGAGAGAGAGAGAGUCUUCUGCCAAUAUGCAUGGCAGAAAAGAUAAAAAUGAAAGGAAAGAAAACAUGUGUCA